CAGACUAGUAAGAGAUACUACGUAUGAUUUCACGGCGUGGUUGGACAUGCCUGUCGUAUAAUCUGUUUGUCUGCAUUUGUAGUUUAUAACCUUAAUUUACUUGCAUAAAUUAAAAUUUCCCUUUGAAAACAUGACUGAUUUAUCGGACUUCUCCAGCCCAAAAGCUCCAGACUCCGAGCUGCAGGAUUUUCUUAUGGCCGAAAAGCAGAAGGCUCAAUUCCACGCUCAGAUCCAUGAAUUCAAUGAUUUCUGCUGGGAUAAGUGUGUGGACAAGCCGGGCGCGAAACUGGACUCGCGGACGGAGACCUGCAUCACCAAUUGCGUGGAGAGGUUCAUCGACGUAUCCCUGCUCAUCACCAACAGAUUCGCUCAAAUGCUUGAGAAGGGAGGUGGAAUGCAUUGAACAAUAUUGUAGUGUCCUAUAAAUAAGUUGUGAUAUGUGCUGCUGUAUUGUUGAACAACCAAAAAAUAUUUGUGUAUUAUGUUGGCACACUGUGAACUUAUAUAAAAAUGUUAGGUACAUCUUGUGUAUCAAACAUAUCUUAUAUUUCAUUGCUAGUUUUUUUGUCUAAAGAAUGUCAUGUUAAUGUAAUUGAACAUCCAGAUUGCAUUAAGUAGUUAAUACAUCUAUUGUCUUAUUCUUUGGAACAACACAGGGCAAUACAUGUGUUAACUUGUCAAAUGUAGACUAGUUCUCUAAAUAAAACCUUUGUUAUUGUAAA